AACGGGUGGAUCCCUGUAUGAGUCUGUUUACCUCUUCCUGGAUAAACAGGUGCAAAUGAAAACGAACAACCAUGAUAGGAAUGAAAUGCCUGGGCCAGUCGGAUUCCAACCACGACACAAAUGAUUCCAUUGUAAGUUCCAUUGUUGUUGUUCAAAUUUCUACUACGUUUGGUUCAGGAAACCCUAAUUCUGUUAUUGGUCUUAGUUGAUAUUGGGGCUUCAAUAUUUGUUAGGGCUUGAACAGUUUAAUUCUUCCUGGAGUGACUUCUCAGUUCCCUUUCUUGAAGUGUGUCUUGGGUAUCUCAUUCUUCUUGGGAACAAUGAUGGAAAACCAGAAGAUGCUUUCAUGAACAUGAAGCUUUGAGGACCUCAAUUACUUAGUACUGCCCUUUUGCAGUGCGCCUUUGGUGAUCACAGUUUUAGCCCAAAAAAAAAAAAUGCCUUUGAUGAUCACAGGGCAGACCAUCUCGGCAGCAUUGGAUUGCAGAACCCAAAUUGGAUUCUCACGGAGCAGCGUCAGCAGCUCAGAAGCGUGUUCAGCAGCAAGGAGAGGAUAUGAGUAGUUGAAAACAGCCGUUGGAUUCGUUGGAAUCCACGUGUCGAGCAUCCGGCAGAUAGUUGGACGCUCGUUGGAGCGUCAGUCGUUAGAGACGAACCGGAUGAAUUGAAUGCUGUUGGCCAAUGGCCAUUCCUCUUUCACUCACGAGUCACGACUGCUUAAGAGAAGACAACAUUGCAGCCCUACGUCUUCCUUCCACUACUCGACUGCAACUUUUUCAAGGGUAGGGCUUCGUCCUUCUCCCUUCCAGAGUUUUUCCCCAUUUUCUCUCUGCGCUGUCUCUGUUCUCCUCGACGUUGCUCUGUUGUUAUCCUCAAGCGUCGGAACCCACAAGUAGCUCGCCUGCCGCUGCAAUCGAAGGCAACCCACGCUCUCUUGGGUAUACGUGGCAAGCUGUCCUUCCUCGCUGCAACUCUGCGAGCCCUGGUCCAAUUUCUCUCUCUCUAGACUACUGUUGAUCUUGCCAUUUGGGUUUUUCCCAUUAAAACUGCGAUUUCGGGUAUUCCCUGGAUGAUUUCUUCAGCCUUGUAUGGGGUGUAUCUUGGUAUCAUCAUGAUGAUGGUGUUUUUCUUCAAAUAUUUCAUUAUUCUGCUGGGGUUUAGGGGGGCUGUUUGAAUUCCUGGUUGUGAAAGAAGGUUAGGGCUUUGUGGAAGCUUGAACCUCGAGGUGAAGCCGUGAAGGAUGAUAAAAGUGAAUUUGUUGUAUAGCUCAUAGGAGCAGUUUCACCCACCGACCAUGCCUCUUGGCAGCAGUUUGAUUCAGAAAACUUUCUAUGACAUUCUAUCCGUGAAGGAAAAUGCAAGUUAUGAAGAAAUCCGUGCAAGCUACAGGUCUGCCAUCCUUAAUUCUCACCCAGACAAGUUGCGUGGGAUGUCUGAGAUUUCUAAUACUCACCAUGAAUCACAAGAAAAAUUUCUCAUCAUACAGAAGGCUUGGGAAGUUCUCAGUAAUUCGAGUUCUCGGGCGGCAUAUGAUAGUGAACUGCAGGAACUGAGACGGGAUUUGGGAACUGCAGAAGAUGUUAGUUUGAAGGACAUGGUGGUAGAAGAUGUUGGAGAAGUCCUGGAGCUAUCUUACCGAUGCAGGUGUGGUGAUUACUUCUCCAUUAAUUCUGCAGAGCUAGAGGAGAUGGGAUAUUCAUUAGAUAGGUGUGAGUGUAAGAUACUAUUAUGGACAGUAGAUGCCUUGGCUUCAUCAGUUGUUCUUCCAUGUGGGUCUUGCUCUCUGAAAAUCCAGCUGACUAUUGAUGCGGAUGCUAGUUUUUCUAGUCGAUGAUCAGCAAAACUAGCUGCCUUGGAGCUAUUUUGGCUUCAAGCAGAACAAUCUGUCAGUCUGCCUAUGAUCUGCUUAAUUGGG